UGAGUUCAUCUCAGGGCUCCUAAAGUUUAAACUUGACAGACGUCAAAAUCGUACCGCUAAGGGGAUGGCAGCUCCACAAGCGCGUCCCCCCAUGGAUGAUGAGCGCUUUAAGGCUCUGACCACAUACCGCACCAAGCUUUUGGAGCACCGCGAGAUCGAGUCGCGUUUGAAGUCGCUUCGGGACAAGCACAAGCUACUCAGUGUCCAGUACGAGAAGUCCGAGGAUGACCUGCGGGCGCUGCAGAGCGUGGGCCAGAUGCUCGGGGAGGUCCUCAAGCAGCUGACCCCGGACAACUUCAUUGUCAAGGCUUCGAAUGGACCGCGCUACGUGGUCGGAUGUCGGCGGCAGAUCAACAAGGAUAAACUUAAGGCCGGCACUCGGGUCGCCCUCGAUGUGACCACUCUGACCAUCAUGCGCUACUUACCGCGCGAAGUGGAUCCCCUGGUCUACAACAUGACGCACGAGGAUCCGGGAAACGUCAACUACGCCGAGAUCGGCGGUCUUGGCCAGCAGAUCCGCGAGCUACGCGAGGUCAUUGAACUGCCGCUCCUCAAUCCAGAGAUCUUCCUGCGCGUGGGUAUCAGUCCGCCCAAGGGAUGUCUGCUCUAUGGGCCACCUGGCACCGGCAAAACCCUCCUGGCCCGUGCCAUCGCCUCCCAGAUGGACGCCAACUUUCUAAAGGUGGUUUCAUCGGCCAUUGUGGACAAGUAUAUUGGAGAGAGUGCCCGUCUAAUUCGCGAGAUGUUUGCAUACGCCCGCGACCACCAGCCGUGCAUCAUAUUCAUGGACGAGAUCGACGCCAUCGGAGGACGACGUUUCUCCGAGGGAACUUCCGCCGAUCGCGAGAUCCAGCGCACGCUAAUGGAGCUGCUCAACCAGAUGGACGGCUUUGAUGCCCUGGGCCAGGUAAAAAUGAUCAUGGCCACCAAUCGGCCGGACACACUGGAUCCUGCCCUCCUGCGUCCAGGUCGCUUGGACCGCAAGCUCGAGAUUCCGCUUCCCAACGAGGUGGCUCGCAUGGACAUCCUCAAGAUUCACGCCGGACCACUGUCGAAACGCGGGGAAAUUGACUACGAAGCGGUGGUUAAGCUGUCGGACAUGUUUAAUGGCGCCGAUCUACGGAACAUUUGCACGGAGGCCGGGCUGUUUGCCCUGCGCUCCGAUCGAGAGUAUGUUGUGCAGGAGGAUUUCAUGAAGGCUGUUCGCAAAAUUGCCGACAACAAGAAGUUGGAAUCGAGGUUGGACUACAAGCCCAUUUAGAAAUCGAUUGUGCGACUUAUUUAAAUAAAAGACUGUCAUAAAACGCUGUCAAUUGCCAGCACAAAACCGAUCUCAGAUUAAAGAAACCAUCUAAACAAUCCGAAA